GUAUGAUGCUAUGACGUCAUGAAUCUGCGUCGCCACCCGCGUCUACUGUGAAGGGAGAAGAACGAUGAAACGGUUGUUUUUAGACACCUGAAAGUGUUUAAAUACGUAGAAAAAUGUUGUGGGUGUUUUAUAAUUUUAAGUUGAUGUUUAUAAACGCGUUUAUGUAUUUUAAACAGAGUUAUCAAGUGCGCAUUUAUACACAAAAGAGCAGCAGGACAGCUUAUUUAGCUCAAGUAUCGUCAUUCAGCUCAUCACAAAACACCAAUUCAGACACUACAGAGAAACUCCUGCUGAAGCGACUGAGCUCCACUAUUAUAAAGAUGGCCUUUAUUAAAGAGGAGAGUGAAGACCUGAAGAUUGAAGACACAUUCACAGUCAAACAUGAGGAUGCUGAGCAGAUAACAGACCUGAAGCCACCAAAGGUGGAGGAUGAAGAGGAGGAUGAGUUUGAUCUGAUGACUAUAGUCGAGUCUAUACGGGCUGAAAGGACUGCCAAUGCUGAACUGAAGGAAGCUGAAAAUAAUCUGGCCUGCCACCAUUGUGGAUUAAGCUUCACAUCAGCGCACGAUCUGGAGAGUCACACUAAUAGACAACCCUUCACGAGGGAAAAGAAUCUGCAGGGUCACAGUGGAGAGCAGCGGAUUACAUGUGACUUGUUAUCGCUGAAAGAGGCAAGCACAGGAGCUAAAGAAGGCUUGGCGUGUGAACCGUGUGGGAUGACGUGUGCGCGCAGGAUAAACUGUGAAGCUCAAAUGAGGAUCCACAGCGGAGUAAAGCUCUACACGUGCCAGCGGUGCGGGAAGAGUUUCUCUCUGAAAGGAAGCCUGACGCGACACAUGCAGAGGCACAAACAGGAGGAUCAGUACAGCUUCCUGAGGAAAGGAGAUCCUUCAGGAGACAAACCCUACGCCUGCUCCCAGUGUGACCGGAGGUUUAAAGUUGGGGCGAGUCUGAUGCUUCACAUGAGGAGUCACAGCGGAGAUAACCCCUUCACUUGUGUUCAGUGCGGGAAGAGCUACAUCAAUAAGGGAAACCUCGACAAGCACAUGAGAAUCCACAACCGAUGGAGUCACGUGCGCUGCCAGCAGUGCGGAAAGAGCUUCAGUCACAAACAAUACCUGAAGAUCCACAUGAGGGUCCACAGCGGAGAGAGGCCGCACACAUGCGGCGAGUGCGGGAGGAGUUUCGCCAUCAAGCAGAACCUGCACGCUCAUCUCAGCAUUCACAAAGGAGAAAAGCCCUUCCCCUGCCAGCACUGCGGACGGAGAUUCCUGCACAGAUCCAGCCUCAACAAGCACACCAAGGCUCACUCCGCAGAGAAGUGCUACGUGUGCUAUCAGUGUGGGAAGAGCUACAAGGAGGAGAGGAACCUGAGCACACACAUCCGAGUCCACACUGGGGAAAGGCCGUACGGUUGCGCUCGCUGCGGGAAGAGCUUCUACUCUAAAGCGUAUCUCUACUCGCACAUGAGGACUCACAGACGAGACGGCGCUCGAGGGCGCAGUUUGCCCUUUCAGCCACUAGAGGGAUAGAGUUGGUGUUCACAACAAACAAACGCAUGUCAAAUUCAAUUCACGCUCGUGUCAGAGCAGCUUCAGUGAAUUGAAGCAGUGUCAGUCCACUUUUCAGAGUUUAACUUAGAGAGUCCAAACACUGAAGAGCUAAUCCAUCAAUGCGCAACUCGACAAGUCCUGAACUAUGCAAGCCAGUGGCAAAUAAACACACAUUCACUGUAAACAUGCUUUAAACUAGACAUUUAAACUAGAAACAAGACAAAAACAAAGCUACGGACGACCAAAUACACAAAAGAUCCGUGAAAGAAAAGGAAACGCAAAGAUGGAUGCGUUUCUAAUCCCACCUCUGACGCCAUGUUUUAUUAGUAUUGUUUUACCGACAGACCCGAACACAUUCAAUCCUCUUAUUGACGCUGCUGUUGAAACACGCUGCUUUAAAAUAACAAGACUAUAUUCGAAAUAUUACAAAUGAAUGAAUGCAUGUGUUUUAACACUUGUUCUGAUGAAUUCAUGAUUAGGCCUAAAGUUUGGGGUCAGUAGGAUUGUUAAAAGCUGCAUUUAUUUAAUCACAAAUACAGUACAAAUUGUACAAUUGUGAAAUGUUAUUGCACUAUAAAAUAACUGUUCAACAGU